CUUCAGCUGAAAGCUCGGACCAUCUGUACGGAAUUCGCCCCGCUGAGUCCUGACGGCCAAUUGGCCGGUCGGGACCUGAUUGUUCCGUCCAGAAACUCUGGGCAGUGGGGCUAAGUUACCUAAGCUCGGCCCUUCACGCAGCAUUGGAUCCGUGGCAUUUGAUGGACGGCGGCGCGACUGGCGAGCUGUCCUAAAGAUAAGGUUGAGCGUUGCGACUCUUCCAUCUUCGGCCGUACUACCCAACACCGCACACAAUGCAGUUUCCGCUACUCUCAUGCGGCCUCUGGGCCCUGCUGGCCGUUCAGGCGACGGCGACAGCAUUAACAUACAAGCUCGGCGCGAACGAGGAGGCCUGCUUCUACACGGCGUCGAAAACCAAGGAUGAGAAGAUCGCAUUCUACUUCGCCGUGCAAUCAGGCGGCUCCUUCGACGUCGACUACAAAGUCACAGGGCCAAAUGGAAAAUACAUCAUGAGCGGGGAGAAGGAGCGGCAGGGUGAUUUCGUGUUCACGGCUCGGGAGGUGGGAGAGUAUAAGUUCUGCUUCAACAACGAGAUGAGCGCGUACACGGAGAAGUUUGUGGACUUUGAGAUUGCGGUCGAGAACGAGGCCCGCGUCACCCUCCCGGCGAAGCAAGGUGCCUCACCCGAGCACACCGAGUCGCUUGAGGAGUCGCUCUUUAAGAUCUCGGGCCAGCUGUCAACGAUCACGCGAAACCAGAAAUACUUCCGUACCCGCGAGAACCGCAACUUCAGCACCGUCCGAAGCACAGAGAAGAGGAUCAUCAACUUCAGCUUGAUCCAGAUGGCGCUGGUGGUCUGCAUGGGUGCUCUUCAGGUUUUCAUUGUUAAGUUCUUCUUCCAAGGCGCGCGGAAGGGCUAUGUAUGAGGGGGUAGCAGCCUGGCGCGCAUCGGACGAUCUAUUGGCGCUUUUCAGGCUGGCUGGGCGUACUGUCGAAGGUCGGACAUGUCUUACAUGACAGGUGCAUGUAUCAUAGCAACGGGUCAUGGUUUAACGACGGAUGGUCUCUAAUAGCCGGGUCGCAUUCGGUUCUGGGUUUCCAGGUUUGAGCGUGGUGAUUUCCUUGCCAUUCAGAAAUAAUGCAUCUCCGGCAUGGGAGUCUGCCAGUCCGGUAUUCAACUCCGCACCGGGAACCUUAACGUGUUCUAAGAAGUUAACUACACCUUCUUGACCGCAUCCAUUAAUAAACUGGGGGGGCUACGGAGUAUUUUGGAAUUGGGGCUAGC